CAGCUCACAGCGCCGCAGGGCAGAGUGCCGUGGGGACGAAAGGCUCUUCCGGCGUAUCGACUACCGCCAGCAACGCACCAACACCACCUCAACCACAACUGCCAGCACCACCAGUACCACCAACAGCGACAGUAACGGGAGCGCCGGCAGAAAAACCAACUACAGAAAGAUUACCACCACCGGCAGAUUCAACACCAGGAGAAAACCUAGCAGCAACAACUACAGCUCAAAAAAAUCGUACGGCGACACCCGGCGACAGUGACAGCAGCACCGCGGUCUCCCACACCACCUCCCCUCUUUUGCUUCUUCUUGUUGUUGCGUGUGCGGCUGCGGCUGCGGUGGUGGCCGCGUGA